AUGCCUGUCACCGUCGCCAUUCCCAAUAGUAAAGUCAAUUCUUGGAAAGGACCCAAAGACGACACUUCACAGCUCCUACGGGUAGUUAAUCCCCAAGAAGCAAAUGGAUGCAAGCAAAUCAUCCAAAGCUCACUCUCCAUCACCGGGCCCCUCGAAGAGAACCAUGUCACAGCCUCAAGGAACGGUCUCGUCUGGUCAUGCUUCUACGCGUAUAGCAAACACUUUCAUCUCACUAUUCGCCCCGAAGAUAUCUGGUUUGCUAUAAUCACCCAACUAAGCGCUUACAUCAACGCCAACUCUGAAACGAAACGGGAUUACUUCGUUAGUCAUCGUGGGAGGAAAAAGAUCGAGAUCAUCGAUUACGCGACUCUGCAUACUGCUGAUUACGGAAAUCUCGCCCAGAGAAUGACGCUCGCGAUUGGGAAGAAUAUCAAGGACCCUUCUUUUCGAGAAUGGGUUCUCCCGUCGUUCUCGACGACUACGGAAAAUGAUCGCGUCGUUGGUUCUGUGCUUCUCAUGGGCGCACUGCAGAAAUACUUCUCUUACAGAAUAACACUGUGUUGUGCUAUCCCUUCUGUAACACUCCUCGGAGAAGUAACCGACUACGAGGACAUUCUCAAAAGACUUGAUAAACUCGAUGAAAUGGGCGAGGAACCGACUCACUUCGCUAAGCUCCUACGACCAAUCCUUCAAAACAUGAUUCUCUCGUUCACUCAGCCUACCAAUCCAGCCAUCCAUUCAUUCUGGAACCAGAUUGCUCAUGUAAAGCGCAGGUCAGGAUCAGGAACAAUGUCAGGCUGGAUCACAGCAUUCUGCUUCUGGAGCGACGAAGGAGAAGAAAGAGGUCUCGAUAAAACAAAUAACAUUAUAGGGAAUAUAUCGUAUCCUGUCAUCAGUACGGAUACAAUUCCAGGUGGAUAUGUCACUGUCCCGGUUAAAGUUGACGAUCAUGGAACCUUGUAUGAGUGCAAGAUGCUCGCUGGGUCUAUCGGCAUACAGGCUCUUCCCGGCCCUGAAGGUUAUGUCCCUGCUGUUGAGGAGGGAAGAAGUAACGAGGAAGUGGAUGAGGAGAAAACGGGGAUAAAGCCUGUGACUGGGUGGAUGAUCUACGAAUUUGCGGAGCCGGAGCCAGGUGAAGAGGCGGCCUAUGUAAAGCCGUAUGAUCCAAAUUUGGAAUUGUAA